AUGCAGCAGCAGACUACCGCGGCGGCUCCGACCCAGGCUGCUCUCCUCGCCCCUCGUCAACCGCCCGCCAAUGCUGCGCCGGCGGCAUCUGCGGGCGCAAGAGCAGCGUUCGCAAUGCCGCAGCAGCAGCAGCAGCAGCAGCAGCAGCACCAGCAAACGCCGCAGCAGCAGCAGCAGCAGGUGAUGCAGCAGCAGACUACCGCGGCGGCUCCGACCCAGGCUGCUCUCCUCGCCCCUCGUCAACCGCCCGCCAAUGCUGCGCCGGCGGCAUCUGCGGGCGCAAGAGCAGCGUUCGCAAUGCCGCAGCAGCAGCAGCAGCAGCAGCAGCAGCAGCAGCAGCAGCAGCAGCAGCAGGUGAUGCAGCAGCAGGUGAUGCAGCAUCAGACUACCGAGGCGCCUCCAACACUGGCUGCUCUCCUCGCCCCUCGACAGCCGCCCGCCAAUGUUGCGUUCGCCUUGCAUCAGCAGGAGCAACAGGGGUUUACCACGCCAAUUGGCUCACCCACAUCUGCCCCAUUCGCAUCACUGCUACAAACUCCAGUUGAACCGGCUACUGCAGAUGCUUCCGUUGCUGGACCGUCGGGCCACUCUAAUCUCUUUCUGCACACCAAUUCUACCCUCGCCACCCACAAUCCCUUACAUAUGCAGGCUCCACCAGCACCAGCCGACGCCACACACGGCGAGACUAUGCCGCCUGCUAAUGCUGACAUUCAUUCCAUUCCCGGCACGUCUACCCGCAGCGUUGAAGAGCACGAGUAUACAAGUUCCGACUCGAACGACGUUUUCGGUUCUCCGGAUGAUGACCCACCCCAAGCCCCGCUCGAUACACAGCACUACUCCAUCCAGCCAGAGACUCACAUGCCGGCCUCUCCGCAGGUCAAUGUGCCCGACCUUGCAGGUGCCCUUCCACCUACUCCCGUCCUUCCAUCUAUCCCAACAGGUGUUGUGGACCCGGGCACUUUGGAUGUGGGUGACAAUGCAGGGGAUGAUGAUCUAUUGGACAUUCUGGCCCCCCGUGUUGCAGAAUUUCCAGUGACCAGAGCAGAGUUCGAUGCCAUGGCUGCCCAUGUCCGAAAUCUGCAGCCUUGUCAUGGACACAGCCUUGGACAUCCUCUUUUGGCGAACGCCAAACGGCAGAGUGGACUUUUGGCCGCCGCGGUGCAGUAUCCUCGCCGCAGGGGCGAAGGGCACAGUCGUGAGGAGCAGAGGCAGUCGUUAGCACCGGCACUCAGCCUACCUCUCUCCCCCCUCCCCGCCACUUCCCCUUCCUUUAACCCAUCCUUUCUGCCCACCCCCCCUAUCCCCCUUGCGCGCAGAAUCAGCUGGGCCAGCAGCAGGGGAGAAGGGCACAGUCGUGAGGAGCAGAGGCAGUCGUUAGCAUACCACUCAUCCCACCUCUCUCCCCCCUCCCCGCCACUUCCCCUUCCUUUAACCCACCCUUUCCGCCAACCCCCCCUCUCCCCCUUGCGCGCAGAAUCAGCUGGGCCAGCAGCAGGGGCGAAGGGCACAGUCGUGAGGAGCAGAGGCAGUCACUCUGGCGGGCCAGCAGCAGGGACGAAGGGCACGGUCGUGAGGAGCAGAGGCAGCCACUCACCUGCACUUAUCUCACAUCUCGCUCCCCUCACUGCUCGUCCUCUUCCUUUGCCCGUGCACCUAUCACAACAGUCCCAGGGUCGUUCAACCUGUGGAUAUGGCACAUGA